UAGCUACGUAUGUCACGUAUGUUACAUUGCUUCUGCUGCGUCGGCUGUGUAAUUAAACUCCUAUUAUGACAUUUUGCUACGUGCGAUUAAGUUUGUAGUUAAUAAUACAAGUGAACAGCCAAUAAUGGAUAACAUCCACGUGAUGCCGAACAAGAGCGAAGCUGAACUCACUCCGGAAGAGAAAUGGAGGGUGGAACACAUAAAGAUGCACGAAAAGCAUCGAGGGCACGAAUCUAUGCAUGCAGAGAUGCUUCUCAUCCUGUUAGUGACACUGAUUAUUGCACAGGUGUUCCUGGUUGAAUGGAAAAAAAGACAUUACAAAUCUUAUCAGAUGAUCACGCUGCUUGCCAUGUGGGUGAUACCGCUUGUAUUAUGCAUAAGAAAUCAGUGGUGGAGAUUUAUAUUCUUAUGGCACGUAUUCUCGUGCAUAACUUGGCUCAUAGUUAGAAAAGCAUUGCAACGACCAAUUCAAGGCACUACACCCAGAUUAGUUUACAAAUGGUUCUAUUUCAUUUACAAAUUAAGCUAUACCUUGGGUAUUAUUGGCUACGUUAUAAUGCUGGCCACAUUCUUUGGCUUGAAUUUGAUAUUUGACGUUAAACCUCACGUGUGGAUGGACUAUGGCCUACUCUUUGUUUUCUAUGGUCUUUACUUCGGUGUACUGGGCAGAGACAUCGCAGAAAUUUGCGCCGAUAAAAUGGCCUCACAUAUCGGGUAUUACGCCCCAGGCAGUAUGCCAACAAGAACGCUGGAACCAGGAGUGUGCGCAGUGUGUGGCAACAGAUUGUUGGUUUCUGAAAACGAAGAAGGAGUUAUCGAGAAUACAUACAAAUUGAGCUGUGAUCAUGUAUUUCACGAGUUUUGCAUCAGAGGCUGGUGCAUCGUAGGUAAAAAGCAAACCUGUCCGUACUGUAAGGAGAAAGUAGACCUUAAGAAGAUGUUCUGCAGUCCAUGGGAGCGGCCGCACGUUUUGUAUGGACAAUUAUUAGAUUGGAUUAGGUGGUUGGUGGCAUGGCAACCUUUAAUCCUCUUCUUAGUUCAAGGAAUAAAUUGGGCCCUAGGCCUCGAGUGAGUAAAAAAAUGUCUCUGUGGUGUGUAUUCUACACGAAUUCCAGCCAAAGAUAAUAAAUUCCUAUGUGUAUAAUUUCAUUUUACACAUUAUGAAUCACGUGAGUUUAUUUAUACACUUACCUAAAAAAUAACACUGUGUUUCAUACGUUUGUAUAUAUAUAUAAUAUACAUAUUUUAAUGUUA